UUGGAGUUCGCCAAUAUGGUUGGAUCCCUGUGUUUCAUGUUUGCAUCGAUUUUAAUCAACAACGCAUUGGGCCAUCCGAUCGUUCACGGCGUACUGCCACGUGAUCCGACUCAGUUCAGUUUUGCUGUUUCUCUUCAGCAAGUUCUUAGGAAUGGAACAUUAGUGCAUUUUUGCGGCGGUACCUACCUGGGCCAGGGUUGGAUCUUGACGGCAAACCACUGCGUCGUUGGAAGUGACCCCAUUUCCGGAAUCUACGCAUACGUCGGUGGACUUCCUCUAUUGGAUUCGCAGCCAUUUGUGCGUCGUCCUGUUCGACAAGUAAUUAGUCAUCCGGAUUAUAAUCGUGUGACACUGGGCAGUGAUAUUGCACUACUACGAAUCGACGGAGCGGAUGGCUCUCUUCAACUGUUAGACAAAUUGGUACAAAGUAACCUUUUAUUGCCACCCAAGGUAGAUCAUCCUAGCAACAACAAUAUGGCUGGUGGUUUCAUUGGCGUUGGUGGAGAUGCUCUAAAUCUAGUCCAAUCUAGUUACAGUGGUCUCGGUUUCGACUACACAGCGGACCAGGAGCAAGAUGAGGAGUGCCACAUAUUUGGGUACGGAUCGGAUUCGUUCUACGGUCCAACGAGCGACCGACUGCAAUACGGUGGACCGAUACGACCGUUGUCUUUCGAUCGGUGCCUGCAAAUGCUUGGACCUGUGGUCGCCCCGGCCACGCCCAACUCUGGAAUGUUUUGUGCGAUCGGUCAAGCCGAUGCUUGUAGGGGAGAUUCCGGUGGCGGAUUGGUGUGCCGGCGGAAAAUUUGGGGACCUGUCGGAGACCGGGAAAGGCCCUAUACACUGCGGGGAAUCAUCUCGUAUGGAGCUGGCUGUGGGGCUCCGGCAUCACCCGGGGUCUAUACCGACGUCAGUUUCUAUCGGACGUGGAUCGACGAGCUGAUCGCAGCUUCCGAACUCGCGUCUCCAAAUGCUUAAUAUCACUGUCAAUGGAUUUUUGAUACACUUACUGUUUUACACCCUAAAAUCUAAAUCUAAAAUUUG